AGAGGUUUUGCGAGGGGGACAAAUGCUUGCCAAAAAAGCGAGGGAGACUAGUCAUUAGUCCAUCACACAAUAUCAAAAUCUGGACUGGAUUCCGGUCACAGCCACCUGAAAAUCAGAAUCUCAGCUCCGUCCGGAAUCGACUGUAAUUUCAUCUGUGCAGUUAUUCACUUCCCAUUCCAAUAAAUCCAGAAUCUGCUUUCUUCCUCAGUCCCCUGAAUCUCUCACUCUCUUCUCUCUCUGCUCACUUCCGAUGAAAUCCGAUUCCCGCAACCCAAAAUGCUGAGAAGCAUCCGUUCCCGGCGGCCCCACCGCCCCCGUUACGGCGUGUACAUCUGUGCCGUGAUCUCCGCCCUCCUCCUCCUCCUCUCCGUCUCUCUCCUCUACACCCGCCUCUCCCACUCCCAAUCCCACCACUUCAACUACCGCCACCCUUCCCCCAUCUCCCAAAACGACGACGUUUCCCUCUCCAACCCCCUCAUCUCCGACGACGCCACCGCCGCCGUCACCACCAUCCCCUCCGACGACAAGAUCGACGAGCUCGACGAGGUCGUCGUCGACGACGCCCCCAGAGACGACGAAUUGGACGACGACGACGAUCCCCAGUCGGAAAAAUCUCAGGGAUCCUCUGGAUUCUUCUUCGAUCAUGUCGGCGGGGUUAUCAGAAGAGGCUUGAAUAAGCGAAAGAUUGAAGACUGGGACGAAGAUUACAGUGGGUUUAGUGUAGGGUUGGGCGCGGUGGAUAAAAGCAUCGUGGCGUUUGGAUCGGACGACGUGCCGGUGGAUAUGGAGGUGAGGAGGAGGAUGACUGAGGUGGCGGGUGUGGAGGACGCGCUGAUGGUGAAGGUGGGGAAGAGGGUUUCGCCGCUGAGGGAGGGGUGGGGGGAGUGGUUUGAUAAGAAGAGUGAUUUUCUGAGGAGGGAUAAGAUGUUCAAGUCCAAUUUGGAGCUGUUGAACCCUCUGCAUAACCCAAUGCUGCAAGACCCCGAUGCCGUCGGGGUUUCCGGGUUAACUAAGGGAGACAAGGCUGUGCAGAGAUGGUGGCUGAGUCACUUUAAGAAGGUGCCGUUUCGGAGGAGGAAGGAGAGUGGUGGUGGUGAGAGUGGGAAGAAGGAGAGUGGCGGCGGAGACGGUGGUGUGAAUGUGAGUGGGAGAGGUGUGGGAGUGGAGUUGAGUGAGGUUGAGAGAGCUGAGAGGAAGACUUUGGAUGAGAAUGGAGGUAAAGUUUUGAUUCCCGGUGGGAGUGGGAAUGCUAGUGGUGAUAGGAAUUCAUCGAAUGUUGGUAAUGUUAGUGAGGUAGCAGUUGGGAGAACUGUUGAACAGAUUAGUGAAUCGGUUCAGGUUGGUGGAAUUAAGAAUGAGUUUUCGGGUCUUAUUUAUGCAGAUGGCAAGAGAUGGGGUUUCUAUCCCGAUUUGGAUCCCUAUUUGUCAUUUACGGAUUUUAUGGAUGCGUUUUUUAGCAAGGGGUGUGAUUUGAGGGUGUUUAUGGUGUGGAAUUCUCCAGCUUGGAUGUUUAGUGUCCGGCACCAGCGGGGGCUUGAGAGUUUACUCUCCCAUCAUCGACAUGCCUGUGUUGUGGUGUUUUCUGAGACAAUUGAGCUUGAUUUCUUUAAAAAUAGCUUUGUAAAAGACGGUUACAAAGUUGCUGUUGCUAUGCCAAAUCUUGACGAGUUACUAAAGGGUACACCUACUCAUAUAUUUGCUUCUGCCUGGUUCGAAUGGAGAAAGACAAAGCAUUAUGCUAUUCAUUACAGUGAGCUUAUCCGCCUGGCUGCUCUUUACAAAUACGGCGGAAUAUAUCUUGAUUCUGAUAUCAUAGUUCUGAAAUCACUAUCUUCACUCAGCAAUUGUGUUGGUAAAGAGGAUAGACUAGCAGGAGGUUCUUUGAAUGGUGCUGUAAUGGCAUUUAAAAGGAAAAGCCUCUUUAUUAUGGAGUGCUUGAAAGAGUUUUAUAUGACAUAUGAUGAUACUCGUUUAAGAUGGAAUGGAGCUGAUCUUUUGACAAGAGUUGCACGGAGGUUUUUGACUAUUCGUAAUAAAUCCGUUAGACAGAUGGAGCUGAACAUGCUACCUUCUUUCACGUUUUUCCCAAUUGCUCCUCAAAAUAUCUCAAGAUAUUUCACUGCACCUACAACUGAGACCGAAAAAGCUCAACAAGAUGUUCUGUUCAGAAAAAUUCUGAAUGAGUCCUUCACAUUCCAUUUUUGGAAUGGCUUUACAUCUUCUCUGAUUCCAGAGCCAGAGAGCCUUGCUACCAGGCUUAUUGAUCACCGCUGUAUCCGAUGUUCUGACGUGUUGUGAAUCUGUACAAUUCCUCUGUUGGGUCAAUACUGAAGGGUCCAGAAAAAAUACAAGCUUAUCAAGUAUUCCCUUAUCCCUGAGCUCAUGACCUUUUGUCUUUCUGAAAGAAGGUCAUGUGUCCUCUUUGUAUGCUCAUGCUGAUACAAAAAUCAGUUUUAAGAAAAUGCGGGUGACCUGUUGUAACUUUGGAAGUUAGUAGCUUAGGUAUUUGUUUUUGAGCCGAUGCCUUUCUUCCUAGAAUAGAGUCUGGCUAAAAAUUUUGAUUGCAAUAUUUGCUUAUCAUAUCGGUGUCGCAAAUGUUACACCGGUAUUGAAGAGACUAUUUUGUGCAACUUACUAGUCAAUAUGAAAUAUAGAAAGAUGUCUUAUUCUUUU